AUGUUGUACACGGCGCUUGAUGCUGCAUCUCGUCCUGACAUUAGACAGCUUGCUGGUUAUCUGAGCUUGUUACAGAUCUACGAGCACUUCUCUCACAUCUAUGAGCGGAAGAUCCGGCGUUGUGCGGCUGCUGACCCAUGUGCGAGGAGGUGGAAGGCCAAACAGGCCAUUCCAAGAGGGGUGAUUGAGUACAGGCGGAGGCUGGAUUCUCUGGCGGUGGAUGUUUCCAUCUGGACACCGUAUACAGGUCACCGCGCUCAUCUUCCUUUUGAUGUAUCUUCUUUAUAUUCAGGGUAUGUCAGAUGGGAGAGCCGUGUGGCUAGACAAUUGCCUGAUAGUCACAUCCUCAACUCCCCCCGUAAGAUCCUUGAUACAGCUGUUGCGGUUCAGCAGCCUGGGCAGUGUCAGAAUGGAUACUUGGAGUGGUUCCUCAGUGUGUCACACCCUAGGGUCAUACCAUUUGUCGCAACAUCUGAUGUUCCAGGGCCUUCACGUACCAGAGACUCUUCCGCUCCACCACCACCUCCACCUGUCAUAGGUGACCAGGACAGUCGCCUGCAGUACAUCGCCGUUCACUUCGAUAGCCUCAUGGGUUUGGUGAACCCUGAUGGUGAGGUUCACAGUAUUUUAGCUAGGUUGGCGGAUGUUGCCCGUGGAGGACCUAUGUAG